CACAUGUCAGUAUUUGCACUGUGGAGAUGUUUUAAUGUUGACCUUUUACAAAUUUAACAGAAUCUAGAACUGGCUGUGUCUUCUAUAAAACACUGUUUUCUCAGAAAAAUAAAAAGUAAUCUUUAACAUAUAAAUCUCGUCGGCUAGAAAUUCCACAUAUGUACGCUAUGAAGUCUAUUCGAGGAAUCUAGCGCGGGAAUAGGUUACAGUGACAUUGAACGAGGGAAGACGAGGGCUGCAGCAGCUGUGUGUCAGCUGCACCGUUACACGCUUGUACUGACAGAGCAGCUGUCUGUGUUCACAAUGGACUGUGUAAAACUUAGAAACAACACACCGCCAGGUCCUCCAAUGGUAGAAGUAGAGGGGAUCUGGUUUCCAAAAUUCUUUGAAACAAAUCGACCAAUGCAAGAACAGAUUGACUACAUCCGGGGACUUGAUCUUCGCGAUGACGACGUGUUGAUAUGUGCCUACGGCAAAUCAGGUACCCACUGGACGUGGGAGGUGGUCAGCAUGCUGAUGGCCGGCAAGGUGGAGUACCGGAAGCAGGCGAAGGAGACGGUGAUGCUGGAGGCGGUGGAGCUGGAGGGUGUCGAGUCCCUCCCGUCCCCCCGAGUUCUCAACACACACCUGCCGGUCAACAUGCUCCCCAGCCAGGUCAAGGACAAGAAAGGAAGAAUCAUCUUUGUCUACCGAAACCUAAAGGAUCUUUUCGUAUCAAUGUACUUCCACGUUAGACAAAUGCCCGGGUCAUCGUCCUUGACCCUACAGGACAUAGAGGAGCCAUUUUUGACAGGACAGUAUAUUCUUGGAAGCUAUUUUAACUAUAUGAAGGACUGGGAUACUUUUCUGAAGGAAAACCCGGAUUUACAGACCUUUAAAACAUCUUAUGAAGAUAUGAAAGAGGACCCUGUCAGAGCUGUCAAGAAGCUGUCGGAGUUUCUCGGGGUCAAGACCACUCCGGAGCUGUGUGCCGCCAUUGCUGAUGCCUGCAGCUUCCAGAAGUUAAAGCAUGCAGCAGAAACACUGAAGGAAAUGUCUCCGCACUUUAAACGCCCUGACAACCAGCCAGUGAAGAUUUAUCGAAAAGGUGAGGUGGGUGACUGGAAGAAUCACCUGACGGUGGCCCAGAGUGAACGUCUGGAGGCCGCCAUUAGGCAGCUGGACGGGUGUGAUUUUAACUUCCGGUACACGCUGUAGGUGGACUUGAUGGUUAAACUUUCAUUGAUUGGUGGAGGAUUUCUUUAAUUCUGGUUUAAACACUGGCUGACUUACGUAAGAUAUUUUUAAUGCGAUUCUUUGAUUUGCUGGGUUUAAAUGAAUUUUUUCUUCUUUGAUUUUUGUAUUCAUUAUAUGAUACACAUUGAUAAACACAACUUUAUUUCCUGACUACUCAUCGUAUAUAAUGUUUAUUUUAUUAUUUUGCAUCCCUGAGAGCAUUAAUCUCAGAUUUAGUCCAGGUCUGAAAGUAAAGCAAUGAAUUUUCGAUAGAUAAAGAGAUGUAUUAUGUGCUAAAGCUUUUCUGUUAAGUCAUGCUACAGAGAAGGAAAUAUAUUUUCCCUCAGACCGCUCGGACAAACACAAUUUUCUGGCAUUUGAGGUUCCUCCUACUGUCAUGCCAAUAUUGUAGAAACGAUGACUAUCUCCAUUAUUUAAACCUCCUCUACAUCAUACAAACAAAUCAGAGGUGACAAUGUAUGUUUGUUUACUUGUGGUCUGAAGUCUUUGCACAUCCACACCGUGUGUGCUAUGCCAACCAAACUGCGCAUGCGUGUGGGUAUUGCUUAUGUUAGUCCAUAUAUGAUGCUACGUGUGAGUCAUGUUUAUUUUAACCCAAAUUUCACUAUAGAGAUGUGUAUUUCAAUAUAAUCCAUUUUUCUUCCAUGUUUAAAAGUUUGUAACUUAGCACUUUUAUAAUUUAGAUAGAUAGAUCAUGAAUUUUAAUUGUGAACGUUUUACAUUGCUCGUCUGUUGCUCUCCAAAUCCCUCCUUUUGUCAGACAUGCUCAUGACACUGUCUAUAAAUAACUCCUGACAACCGACAGUGUCAUCGUGACAUCGCACGGGUCACUCAAGGGCGACAACCUGUGGCGGAGAGUUAGAAUUAUUCAAUAACUUUUUUAGCUACAACCGGCAAACUUCCGACAGGAUGCCAGUCCUUCGCCAUGCGUGAAUCUCACCACUUAAUCAUCAGAAUAGAAAGUGCCUACCAAACAUUUCUUGCAAAUCAUACGGGACAUUAUAGAGAGAGAGAGAAGGACCCAAAGUGUUAAUUGAAGGACAACAGUGCACAAAGAACAAAGCAGUUGAGAAUGAGAAAGACCCACACCCACACCCACACCCACACCCACACCCACACCCACACCCACACCCACACCCACACCCACACCCACACCCACACUCAUACACACACAGACACACACUAAACACACACACAGACAAAACACAAAAGAGAGAGAGAUCAAGCAUAUUGUCAUUUAAAGUGAGACUGAAACAGGCGAUUUUCAAUGUAAUAACAUUUUCUGAGAUAUUCUUAUGGUCUAUGUCUUAUUUGUGAAAACUCAUAACGAGUCCCAUAGCUAUCAGGGGGACAGUAAAAGUGACUCACUCACCAUGUCUAGGUCAUGACAGAUGGAAAGCAGGCUCAACCCUAUAUUUUAUUCCCUUUGACCUCUACUGAUAUCCACUUCUGGUAUACUAUUACAGAAACAACAAAUAAAGGAUAAGAAGCUGUAUGUUGCCUUUGUUGAUUUUUAGAAAGUUUUCGAUUUUGUUUAUGGAAUUUUUUGAGUAAGAAUAACAGUUCAUGAAAAUUAUUUACGUAAAAUUAAAGGA